AUUUAGUCUGUUACUGGCGUUCGUCGCGUUCUGAUGGUCUCCGACCUCCAAUUCUCACUCUGGCACGCAACACGUAACGUGGCAAUUGGACCAAGAGACUGUCGGCUGGGUUUGUUUUGGUCCACUAAUCGAUACGGAAGUGGAUCAGCUGUGGUUUUGAAGUCGGUUCCUCGACAGAAGUGAAGUUCUGCCCUGGUGGCAGGUCAGUGAUUCAGCAAAAAAAAAAGUUCAGGUGUGACUCAAGUGACUGUUAUCAAUCAGUCAGUCAAGCAAUCGUGCUCGAUGAAUCAUUCAUGACGCACUUGUUGUGAGUAGGAGCUGUUGUAGCCGUUGACUGUUCAACGUUAUAUGGAGUAAUCAACGAUUGUAUUUUGGAUUAUUGCUUGCAAUUACGGAUAGAGUGAUAUCGAUUUUGGGCACCGUAACGAUGACUAACAGUUGGGACAAGUUCAGUCUUCUACUGUGGAAGAACUGGACCAUCCAGAAGCGCCACUACAUUCAGACGCUGUUUGAAAUUCUUAUACCGGCGCUAUGCUGUUCUAUGUUGAUACUGGUACGAGGCUUGGUAGACCCGGAGCAAGUCGCAGAGCCAACGAUCUUCGCGCCGAUGCCGGCAAAUACCUUUCCUGGAAUGCCGAUAGUCUUAACACCAUCAAUCCCGAGAGUCGCGUACUCUCCGAAGAACCCAAUUUUGGACGCCUUAGUGACGGAUGCUCUCGAGAACCACAUGAUCAGUUCCUUCACCAACUUCACCCACGAAGGAUACGCGAACGCCUUUCAGCUACAAGCUCUUCUAGUUCAGAAAAACUACUUUGUGGGAAUCGAAUUUAACGACGAUUUGGCAAACAUUACGGAACUUCCAGAGAAGAUCGAGUUUGCCCUAAGAUUUCCUGGUGAAUCCCGUACAAACUCUUGGCUCUUUGCGAAUUGGCGUACGUAUUUGCUGGUGGUUCCGUUUUCACCGGGUGCUCGUAAUCCGAACCUUACCGAUGGAGGAACUCCCAACUAUUACUACGAAGGAUUUGUGACGUUCCAGGCCGCACUGUCUAGUGCGAUCGUGACCGCACGGAAUCCACAGUUUCAAAGCAAGCAAAUGGCGUUGAGGCGCAUCCCGUAUCCCCCUUACUACGCUGACAAACUCCUCCCGGCGAUGGAGCAGCUGCUUCCGUUGAUCAUCCUGAUCGCCUUCUUCUACACCUGUAUCAACACCGUCAAGUACAUCACGAUCGAGAAGGAACGCCAGCUGAAGGAAGCGAUGAAGAUCAUGGGUCUGCCAAACUGGCUUCACUGGACCGCAUGGUUCGUGCGUUGCCUAGCAUUACUGCUGGUCACCAUAACGCUGGUGACGGUCCUCAUGACCGUAAGUCUCACCACCAACACCAACCUUGCCGUGUUGGAGUACGUGGACUGGUCGGUUUGGUGGGUGUUCCUGCUGGCGUUUGCGAUCGCAACCAUCUGCUUCUGCUUCAUGAUGAGCGUGUUCUUCAACAAAGCAAACACGGCGGCUGGGAUCGCUGGGUUGAUGUGGUUCCUGAUGAUGAUGCCGUACAACAUUACUGUGAGGGAGUACGAUAGUAUGGAUACCGGCUCGAAGAUCGCCCUCUGUCUGCUGUCUAACACGGCAAUGUCAUACGGAGUAAUGAACGUGAUCCGACUUGAGGGCAAUCAGGUGGGUCUGCAAUGGUCCAACCUGUUUACACCGUCCACUAUGGACGACGGACUAAGCGUAGGGGUAGUGAUCAUAAUGUUACUGGUAGAUGCCGUGAUCUACCUGUUGAUCGCACUGUACUUUGAACAAAUCAUGCCCGGCGAGUUUGGAGUGGCCAAGCCGUGGAAUUUCCUGUUUACUAAAGAGUUUUGGAUCCGUAACAAGGUGGGGGAUGACUAUCGAAACAUGACCGUAAAGCCGGUUGAUCAGAAAACCAUUGAACCAGAUCCUCCGAUUCAACGCGCCGGAGUUCGGAUCAUCAACCUGCGCAAGGUUUACAAAAAGAAGGUAGCCGUUGAAGGGUUAGAUCUCAACAUGUACGAAGGUCAAAUCACAGUACUACUAGGUCACAACGGCGCUGGGAAGACUACGACCAUGUCCAUGCUGACGGGGAUGUUCUCACCGACCGCGGGAACGGCAUUCGUCAACAAUCACGACAUCCGAACGGAUAUUGAAGGUGUUCGCCGGUCGUUGGGUUUGUGCCCGCAGCAUAACGUCCUGUUCAACGAGCUGACCGUUGCGGAACACAUUCGGUUCUUUUCCCGGCUGAAGGGUGUCGCAAACGGUGACGUUCCAGCGGAGAUCGACAAGUACGUCAACUUGCUUGAGCUUACGGACAAGGCAAACGCUCAGUCACGAACUUUGUCCGGAGGAAUGAAGAGGAAGCUCGCCGUUGGGAUGGCACUAUGCGGUGGAUCCAAGGUUGUUCUGCUGGAUGAACCGACCUCUGGGAUGGACCCUUCGGCGAGAAGAGCACUGUGGGAUCUGCUACAGAAGGAAAAGUCCGGUCGAACUGUUCUACUGUCGACGCACUUUAUGGACGAAGCUGACGUUCUUGGAGAUCGCAUUGCGAUUCUCGCGGAAGGUUCCUUGAAGGCCGUUGGGACUCCAUUCUUCCUGAAGAAGGCGUUCGGAGCUGGAUAUCGGUUGAUCUGUGUCAAAGAGCCGCACUGUGACAAAGAUCGCCUGCUAGGGAUUCUACGGAAAUACAUUCCGGAUGUGACGGUCGAAACGGAUAUCGGGACGGAGUUGUCUCUUGUGCUGCGAGAGGAAUACAUUGCGGAGUUCCAACCGAUGUUAGAGCAGCUGGAAGGAGAGAUGGCACUGUGCGGCGUGUCCAGCUAUGGGAUUUCGUUAACAACCAUGGAAGAGGUGUUUUUAAGAUCGGGCAGUGACUCUUUUGUCAAUGGUCCCGAGCGAAUACAAGAGUCAUUAACAGCGGCAUCAGGCGAAUAUGCCCUGGACAGUAUGCGACUUCUUAGUGGACAUCAACUUCUAUUGAACCAAAUCAAAGCCCAGUUCAUGAAAAAGCUCCUAAUAACAAUUCGUAGUCUUAUUACGCUAUCAAUGCAAAUCCUAAUACCGGUAGUGUUUGUCAUCAUGACCUACAUCAUAAUAUUAAACUCCAACGCGAAUCGUGAUCUACCACCUCUAGAGAUCAAGCUCGAUUCCUACUCCCAGUCCGUUACCGUGCUGGAAGACCGAUCCGCAGAUAUGCCGGUAGUACAAGCCUACAAAAAUCUUGUAACCGCGCCAGGUCCAAACCACCAGCUCCUAACCACCGACGAAGACAUGAUCGACUUCAUCCUGCAAAAAUCCACCGAAUCGAUCGCCACCGUCAACACCCACUACUGGGUAGCGGCCUCCAUCAACGAGACCAGCUCGACGGCCUGGUUCAACAACAAAGCCUACCACUCGGCACCACUGGCCCUCAAUCUGCUCUUCAACGCGUUCCUCAAAACGAGCUGCCCAAGCUGUGAGAUUCGAGUUACAAACAAGCCGCUGCCGUUCCGCCUGGAGACACGCUUCGGCCAGCUGGACACCGGCGCCAACUCGGGCUUCCAGCUGGCGUUCAACACCGGCUUUGCAAUGGCUUUUGUCGGGGCGUUGUACAUCAUGUUUUACAUCAGGGAACGGACUACGCGAGCGAAGCUGUUGCAGAUGGUUAGUGGAGUGAACGUGGCGUUGUUUUGGGCGGUUUCCUUUGUAUGGGACUAUUUGGUGUUUUUGGUGGUUUGUGGGUUUUAUUUGGGAACGGUAGCGGCUAUUCAGCAGGACGGGUGGUCCACGGCGGAGCAGUUGGUUAAGGUGUUUUUGGUGCUGGUGCUGUUUGGCUUUGCGGUGAUCCCUACGACGUAUCUGUUUUCGUAUUUGUUCGACGUACCGGCUACCGGAUUCGUGAAGAUGAUCCUGUUCAAUGUGCUUUCGGGUACGGUGUUCUUUACGGCGGUUACGCUGCUCAAGUUUGAAGGGAUCGAUUUGAAGGACGUAGCGAAUACUCUGGAGUGGGUGUUCAUGUUCUUUCCGAACUUUGUGCUGAGCCACAGCUUGAACAAUUUGAACAGGGUUGCCAGUACGGAGGCCCUUUGUGAUCGUCAGUGCGAGCUGAUUCCGUUUUGUACCAGAGAGCUGAUGUGUUCGCUGCUGCCGCAGUGUUGUGACCAGGAGGUGUUUACGUUUGAAGAAGGUGGGAUCAACAGGAACUUGUUGUUUUUGGUGGGGAUUGGAGUUUGCGCGUUUACGCUUAUCAUGCUGAUCGAGUACAGGGUGUUCAAGGCGCUGUUUGAUAGACGUAUGGGCGGUCAGAUUUUGGGGGUUGAUUCCGAGCAGGAUUCAGAUGUACUGGAGGAAAAAAGGAGAAUCGAAGUGAUGUGUCCAGCAGAGAUCAACAGCUAUAAUCUUGUCUUGAAGAAUGUCUCCAAGUACUACAAAAAGUUCUGCGCCGUCAACGACCUCUCUGUAGGAAUCACUCAUUCGGAGUGCUUCGGAUUGCUUGGAAUAAACGGUGCUGGGAAGACGUCCACGUUCAAGAUGAUGACAGGUGACGAGAACAUCUCCGCCGGUCAAGCUUGGGUCAGCGGAAUCAGCUUGCUUAACAACAUGACACAAGUCCAUCGACAGAUUGGCUACUGCCCGCAGUUUGAUGCCCUGCUGGAUGAUCUCACCGGAAGGGAGACACUUCGGAUGUUCGCCCGCUUCCGUGGAGUUCAGGAAGCCGAACUUAACGGUGUAGCGUUGACGCUGGCCGAAGAGCUGAACUUUAGCAAGCACAUCGACAAGCGAAUCAAAGCGUACAGUGGAGGUAACAAGCGCAAGCUCAGUACGGCUCUUGCUCUACUUGGAAAUCCGUCGGUAGUAUAUCUGGACGAACCGACCACCGGAAUGGAUCCCGGUGCGAAGCGCCAGUUCUGGAACAUGAUGUGCAAGGUGCGCGAGUCCGGCAAAGCGAUCGUGUUGACUUCACACAGCAUGGAGGAGUGUGAAGCGCUGUGCACCCGGCUGGCGAUCAUGGUCAACGGCGAGUUCAAGUGUCUCGGAUCGACGCAAUACUUGAAGAACAAGUUCUCCGAGGGAUUCCUGCUGACGGUGAAGGUCAAACGGGGGGACGGUCGGUCGGACGCGCUGAAGCAAUUUGUUGAGGAGAAGUUUACCGGAGCAGUUUUAAAAGAGGAAUACCUGGACUCGCUGAGCUUCCACAUUCCCCGGACGGACCAGCGCUGGUCGGCCAUGUUUGGGCUGAUGGAGUCCUCAAGGGAGCGGCUCGGCAUCGAGGACUACGCCCUAGGUCAAACCUCGCUGGAGCAAGUGUUCCUCUACUUUACCAAGUAUCAAAGAGAAAGUGAAUAAUGUAAUAAAGGCUGCAUACAGAGAAGGGUGAUUUUAUCGGAAAA